AUGGAGACCAUGAAGCGUUCCAGGGGCCCUGAGCCCGACUGCCCAUCGGCCGCAGCCACUCCAGGAGAGCUUCAAGGAGGGGGCGACAACCUCACCGCAGGUGCCGCAGUAGAUGGUGCAGCGCAGAGGAUUGAGGUAGCAGCGUCCGGGGAGGGUGGCAGCACCGCCGACCUGGGCAGCAGGCUGGCCAUGGGGGUGCGUGGGGACGAAGCCGCAGCAGGGGACGGCGAGCCCGGCUGGGAUGGCUCGGGCAGUCGGGCGUCACAACCAACACGGGAGGCGCAGAGAUGCGCAGGGUCAUCAGGCCGAGACCCAGCCCCACCGCAUCGUUCCAGGCUUCGUUCCGAGCAGGGGAGUCCUGGACAGCGGGAGCCGGUGUUGGCGACGAAGAUGGCGGGCUCGGGAAGUGGAUGCCAGGAUAUGCAGGUGUCGAUCCACGCACAUGUUGCCGGUUCCCAGCAUGCAAAGCGGAUGCACAGAUGA